UCCCACGUGACCGGAAGCAGCAUGGGCCUGCUGCGCGCGCGGGGCUGUUGGGGUCGCGCGGGGGUUCUUGGCUGGCCGUGGCUCCGUCCCCAUGGCAACGCGGCCUACCACGAGCGCCGCGACAACUGCGCCGACCCCAGAUGGCGACGGCGGCAAAGGGAGAAGGAGCAGCAGGAGGAGGAGUGGAGCCGCCGGAACAGGACGGUGCUGACCUACCUGGCGGCCGGGGUGGUGGGCAUGGCGGGCCUCUCCUACGCGGCGGUGCCCCUCUACCGGCUGUACUGCCAGGCUACUGGACUUGGUGGAUCGGCAGUCGCAGGUCAUGGUUCGGACCAGAUUGAGACAAUGGAGCCUGUAAAAGAUCGCAUAAUUAAAGUUACCUUCAAUGCAGAUGUGCAUGCAAGUCUUCAGUGGAAUUUCAGGCCUCAGCAGACUGAAGUAUACGUGGUUCCAGGGGAGACUGCACUGGCAUUUUACAAAGCAAAGAAUCCAACUGAUAAACCUAUAAUUGGAAUCUCUACCUACAAUGUUGUACCUUUUGAAGCUGGGCAGUAUUUCAACAAGAUACAAUGCUUUUGUUUUGAAGAACAAAGACUUAAUCCUCAUGAAGAAGUGGACAUGCCAGUAUUUUUUUUCAUUGAUCCUGAAUUUGCAGAAGAUCCAAGGAUGGCCAACGUUGACUUGAUCACUCUUUCAUACACAUUUUUUGAAGCAAAGGAAGGACAGAAAUUGCCACUUCCAGGUUAUAAUUAAUACAACAUGGAUUAGUGUUCAGUACUGGUGAUCCACAGAAUGUGGGGGAAGCUGCUGAAAAACUAUAGCAAAACUGUGCUUUCAGAUGUUGAAUAUGAACAGAUAUGUUGUUCAUUUGAAGAUGGAAUAUUUAAUUUUACACGCACCAACCAUGACUGAAUAUAAAGAAAUGGCAUACAAUACAUAGUAUGAGUUAAGUGUCUUAACUCAUUCACUGGUAUGUCUGGAUACCAAAAUAUAUUAUUAUUUAUGAAUGAAAGCUAUAACGUCCUUUGGAAGACUUGCAUUUUCACAAGGGUUAUUCAGCAUCGUUUGCAAAAAUAGUAAUUGUGAAUGGAAUGCCUAGUGGGGAAAUGCAAAAGCAUGCAAGUUGUAUGGCUACAAGUUUGUAAAGAUAACUAUUAGAUGUCAGUUUACCUGUUUAUAAAUAUCAGAGAUAGCACUGUGUUAAAUACAUUUUGUAAGGGUUUCUUUUUUAACAAAAUGCUGAUGGCCUAACAUAAUGGAUAUUGGAGCUCAACUGUUCUGUGCAGCCUUUUUAAUGGUUACCUAAACUCACAUUUCAGUGAGUAAUCUGUAAUUAGCUAAAAUGAAGAGAGCAAUUCUUAUAAAACACAUAAUUUAAAAACACAUACAACUUGUCUGUUACUCCUUUUCAGACAUAAUAGUUCAUGGUAAACCUUCCAUCCUAGAAACCUCCACUAUUAAAGUGACUCUUCUGGAUAAUAUAGCAACACUUCAGUUGUAUUCUUUGUUUCAUUGUCACUUUGAAAGAAGGCAAUGAUUUUGUUUAAUCUCUGAAGUUGUGUCUCUUACAAUGACUUAGCUUUGCUAAGAGAAGGAUAUUACUAACCUGUUCUUUCAGUGCUAUUUUAAAAGGCAUAGGUUUCUGGCUGUUCUUGAUUACAUAGCAUUCCGAAAGGGAGAGUGACAGUCACUGAAGAACAUGUAUUUUGAGCAAUUAUAGAUGCUUUGCACAGUGGCGUGAUGCUUCCAUUCUUAAAAUGUAUAUGAUAGAAAUAUAAAAGGUAAAUGUAGCGCUACUGCAAACUUUAUUGUGCUGUGAAAACAAGGAGCAGAAUGUAUUUUUUCGUAAUAUAUAAAUACUAUUUUAUAGCAGGGAAGGGCAACUUUAGCAAGUCCAGUGGCCAGUUAUAACCUGCUGAAAAGGUUGUGGUGGGGUUGUAUUUUCAAACCAGAAGGAACUGUUAAGUUCAUCUGUUCUGUUUUUAAAAAACCUUUUUGAUGAAGCAAGGCCAUGUGUCUUGCUUUAGAAGAGAAUCACAGUUCCUGGAGGCUUCCAAGAGUACAAUUCUUAUUUUGGUCCACACCUAUGCUGAAAGAUUUAGUCAUGUUUUUCCAGAUUAUGUUCAAUUUGAUUAUAGAGAUUUGUGUCUUACUAACAUUGUUGCUUCAUUUUGAGGUACUGAACGACACUCUGAAUUUUUAAUAUAGUAUUAAAAUUAUUCUAAUGUUUCUUAGA